GUCAGCUCUGCAUCCUCUGCUUCACCUUCACGAACUCCUGCUUCGUUUAUCUUAUCAUCUUGACAUGCUUGACUAAUAUUUUGUCAAAAUUUAAAUAUUUAAUUGAUAAAUAAAUUAUAUUUACUCUGGUCUUGGGUUUAAACUUUAAACAUUCUGUACUGUUUGGCAUUAAAUAUUUAGUUUUACGCGAGAAAUUGAGUGGACCUAGUUUCAGCUCGCUAGCUCAGUCAUUUUACCUACUCCCUUCGUCUUCCUCAGUCCGGACUCUGGAAUCGUACGUUUUCUUAUCCAGAAGCUUUUCCUUUUGACAAAUCCUCUGUCUUAGUGGUUGAGAUUGAAAGUUGUCUGUUUGAUAACUUGCAAACGGAGUUCUUGGUCUCUUUCACAUAAUUUUCUGUUCUUGUUGAGAGAGAGAUGAGCGCCGAAUGCGGAGUAGUGUGUGUGACGGGUGGGUCGGGUUACAUCGCCUCAUGGAUCAUCAAGCUCUUGCUGGAACGUGGAUAUACAGUAAAAACCACUGUUCGUGAUCCAGAUGACCAAACGAAGACCCAACACUUGCUUUCCCUUGAUGGCGCAAAUGAGAGGCUUCAACUGUACAAAGCAGAUCUUACUGCAGAAGGGUCUUUCGAUUCUGCUGUUGAUGGAUGCCAAGCCGUCUUUCAUACUGCUUCCCCUGUUCUUUUUCAAACUAGCAACCCACAGGCCGACUUGAUUGACCCGGCAGUAAAGGGCACACUCAAUGUUCUUAAAUCAUGUGCGAAAAUGCCUUCUGUCAAGAGAGUUGUUCUUACUUCUUCCAUGGCUUCAGUAGUUUGCAAUGGGAAACCUCUUUCCCCUGGUGUUGUGAUCGACGAGACUUGGUUUUCUGAUCCAGAAUUUUGUGCAAAAUAUCAGCAUUGGUAUAUGCUCUCAAAAACUUUGGCAGAGGAGGCUGCCUGGAAGUUUGCUAACGAGAACGGGAUCGAUCUUGUUGCGGUUAACCCGGGGUUCGUAAUUGGUCCUUUCCUGCAGCCAUCUGUUAAUUUCACAGUGGAGGAGGUUCUGAGGCUUAUAAAUGGAAAUCGAGCAUUUCCAUCAGAUAUCUUUAGAUUUGUCGAUGUUCGAGAUGUGGCGAAUGCACAUAUUCAAGCAUUUGAGGUCCCAUCAGCUAGUGGCAGAUGCUGCGUUGUUGGAAGCAUGGUUCACUACACUGAGGCUUUGAAGAUUAUGCAUGGACUUUACCCUAAUCUGCCACUAUCUGGAAAUUGGGAAAACUAUGAGACAUUUCAACCCCAAUGCAAGAUCUCCCAAGAAAAGGCCAAGAGCUUGGGUGUCAACUUUACUCCUCUGGAGGUGAGCCUUAGGGACACCGUAGAAUGUCUGAAGGAGAAAGGUUUGGUCAGCUUCUGAACCGCUUCUGUUGUAUUCAUUAUGAUUUAUGGAACUGUCGUGUUUGGGCUCUGCAAGUUACAUGAUAGGUGAUUGUAUCAGAUGUGGAUAGAUCAUAUAGCCGUCCCAUUUUGGAGAAUGUUUAGGUGCAUUGGAUGCAAUGUGAUGUUUCACUCUUGUAUUUGUCACCAACUGGUUUUAUAUUGAACAGUCGAUCGAUUUCGUGACUACUGGUCCGCUCAACUCUUGGCAGCUUAGGUCCAAAAUAUCAUACACAUCCGAGGACCAACCGACCAAGAUAGUAUGUAUUUUUUCCAUGAUCAGUUUGCAAAUGUAAUAGCCAAUGGGAAGGUGCUUGUGUUAGGCUCUAGGGUUCAUGACUUUUUUCAAUUAGUGUCUUCUAAUUUUGGCUUAGGAUUAUUAACUGCUAAGUAGUUGUGGAUGUAGGAAUAGCCGAACCAGGUUAUUAAAAUCUUAUCUCUCUGCAGCUUUUGUUAAAAAGAAGAAGAACAAAUCAAUUACACGGUCACCAGAACUUUACGUGGUUCAUGCCCAUUAUUGCAAUGGCAGAGAGUUUAGGUUGUCAGUCUAUUUUUAUUAGAACCAUUUCCUUUUCUUAGAUGACUACAGGGUGGGAAAUGGUGCAAUUCAGUUAAAUAGGACCGGAUUAAUCCGGUUUUCGAAUCUAGCAUUUGGAGAAAAUAGAAACAUGACUUCUUUUGCCAUUGUUCUUCAUGAACAUAGGGUGCAUUGAUAGAGAUGAUAUUGGGAUAGUCACGGACUUCUUCCCUCGUUAAGCAGGUCAUUGACCAUACGAUAUGUGGUUUGGUUGAAUCCAUGAUAAGUAGGAUAGCUCACUUGUUGAGGUUUAGAUUGAUAGCAGUCAACUUUAAGAGUUGACUGUCACGUUAGAAAAAAUUAACGGAGAGUGACCAAAUUUGAACUGUUAAAUUAAUCUUAGUGACUACCGAUGGAAUAAAUUAAUUUUAGUGACAAACGUGAACAUUUUAUGUAAUUCUAGUAACCAAACUUGCAAUUUAUCCCUUUAUUUAUAUAAUAAUUGACAUUAGCAUGUCCUUGCUCUUCUUGGCUAUAACAGUCAAAUCCUUCAUGACCUUCUUAUCCUCAUGCUUCACAAACUAACAAGGAUGAAACCACUCCAUUCUUUGGUUCCAUUGAAUUCCUUAUUAGUUGUUGAGUUAGCUCUUUCGUGUAUACAGAGAGGAUGGCGACAUUAUCCUCCCUUUCUUGGGGCAGCUUUCAAUGGUUUCAUCGUUGAUAGACGCUUGGACCAGUUUUUUGACUUUCUUGCUAGUGUGGCAAAAUGCUCCUAGCAGUGUACUCCCGUCAUUGUUGUGAAAUCUUCUUCAGCCGAAUGGUUUACCAUCAUCGUGGUGUCUUGAUCAAGGCCUUUGGCGACAUACUUUGCAAUUUGCUCUAGUGUGAAUCCAUGAUGGGGUAAUUCCUUUAUAUACUUCUGGAAUCUCCUCCAAGCAUCAUUGAACGUCUCUUCUUCCUUAUGUUGAAAUUGAGUAAUUCAGUGUUUAAAUUUUUUCUUCCAUGGUGGAAAGUACUCCUCAAUUAAUGCUUGUGCUAAGGUUUACCAUGUGGUGAAGGUACAUGGUGGAUGGUAAUCGAGCCAAUGGUUUUCUCAUCCUCUAAGAGAAAACGAGAAAAGUCAUAGUUAAAUUCCUUCUUUGGUAGCAUCAUCUCCUGGUAUGGAAUUGACGAUCUCUAAGAAUGUCUUCAAAUGUUAUACUAUACCAUUACCAUUCCUUUCUCCAAAUCUCCCUACUUGUUGCACCAUUUGGAUAAGAUGAGUUCUGAUUUCUAUGGUCGUUGGUGACAGAGCAAUACUUGAGGUGUUGUUGGAUGCUCUUGGCCUGGAAUACUCAUAGAGAGUUGAUAGAAUGACUACUUGUAUUUGUCCUUCAUCUCCAGCCAUCGUUGGUGUUGAAGAAGUUGAAGAUGCUUCUUCUUCCUCCGAAUUGAAGGUUUUCUUCGUCAAUCUGUCCUCUUUCAAGUGUUUCUAAAAAUUGGUGGGGAUUGAGGUCUCUUCUUCUUAUGAGCUAGAUGCUACUUCCUUUGUCAUCAAGAGGGGUGAACUCGAUGCUCCUCCUUCUUGAACUAGCUCUUGCACGAUCUUUAGGUUUUUGGUUUUUCUUCUAGUACUGAUUGGACUCAUGCGAAAUUAUGUAGAACAAAUCAAAUUUAAAGCUCAAGAAAGACACAAGAUGGUUAUAUGAUUUUAUUUAUGAUUAGAAAUCCCUAACAAUGUCGCAAAAAACUUGAUGUGUAAACAAGUGAUAAAAUAAUAGGAUGUUCUACGAGGGACCCUAGGGAAAUACGAUCCUAGACUUCGGGCCAAGUAAAUUUGGUCCAUACUACAUUCGACGACAUCAGCAUGCACCUCUUGCGAUAGAGAUUUAACUAGGUAAUGUGUUCUUUUGCUUCAUGCCGUCACCUAAAUAGUGAAGAACAAGGAAGUUAGGAUAACAUAUCUUUAAUUAUGGGCUGCUACAAAUCAUAAUCUAUAGCAUCAAUGAUCUAACAAUCAAGCAUUCAUACUACUCAAGGCAUAAAUGGUUGACCAUUCCCUCUAGACUCCUUUAGCAUCAAUGAGGUAUCACUAGAAGGUAAUUUUUUUUUAUCAAUCUAUGUAAUACUAAGCACAAUGCAUAUAGUAGCAUACAAUAGAAUCACAAGCCUCGAUGAUAAAGAAUCAUUUAUAAUAUAUAAACAUCAAUGACCAUCGCAUAAGCAUCGAAACUAAAAAAUUCCACACAUAGGCAAUAGACAUCAAGAUUUGCA